CAAGUUGAGUGAGGCAAUGGAGGUUGCCCAUGAGCUAGGUGUCCGGAGACCGCUGUUGGAUGAAAGAGGGAAGAUGCAAGAAGCCAUUAACAUCGGAGAGGAGGUAGGCAAGGCAGGGGCCACCACGAGCGUCGUUAAGGCUGGAGCCCAUGGCGGCAUUGGCGAGGCAGUGGCCAAGGCAGGUGUCGGCGAGGUGCCUUGGGAUGGCGAGCACACUGCGAUAGGCAUCAUUCAAGGAAUAACAGGUGUGCCAAAGACGGCUCCGCUAGGCGUUGGGCGUGGAUGGACGAGCGCAAAUGGGCGAGCGCAUCGGUGA